AUGAGGACGGCCAUUCUGCUGGUUCUUCUUGGGUCUUGCUGCUGUUCUGCCCAGAGUGAUGUUGAGACUUGCAGCAAGAGGCCCCUGUUUCAUGACACUGGCCCUCCCACGAUCAUCGGGAGGCAGCCCGCCGAGCCGGGCGCUUGGCCUUGGCAGAUCAGCUUCCAGUGGAACGAGUUCCACAUGUGUGGAGCCACCAUCAUCUCAAAAGAAUGGGUCCUCACAACGACCACCUGUUUUCGGCGUAGCUCCUGCCUCCCAGCCUGGAGGCUCGUCGCAGGCAUAAUAGAUAAGAAUGUCACAGAUGAGAACAAUCAGAUUGUGAAGGUGAAGAAAACCAUAUUUCACCCGUACCCCUGGAUGAACGACAUAGUGCUGCUGCAGAUAACGCCGCCGUUUAACUUCACGGACUACGUGCAGCCCAUCUGUAUGCUUGAAAACGAGGAGCUGGAGUUCACUUUCACUCAUUGCUACAUCAGCGGAUGGGGAAUCCAUGACGAAAGUUCAGACACUUUCCCAGACAGACUGCAGGAAGCCCAAGUGGAGUUGAUCUCUUCGUCCACUUGCAACCAGUCGGACUGGAAUCAGGGAUACGUCACGUUCAAAAUGCUGUGUGCUGGAAAAAAAGAAGGCAAAAUUGGCAGCUGUGGGGGGGACGAAGGAGGACCACUGCAGUGCUACCACGAGAAGGAGAACAAAUUCUACCUGCUGGGGCUCACCAGCGGCGGCAUCGGCUGUGCCAUGCCAAAGCAGCCAGCCUUGUACACCCGCAUCAGCAAGUUUUACAAGUGGAUCAUGGACAGCCAGCAAGCAUUCCGAGUCAAAGAGGACCUGUGCGAAAUUCAGUUCUCUCCAGAAUCGUGAGCAGCUCUGCAGAUGUGCCAGGGAGUGAGGGGUCCAUUUUGGUCUGCCGUUUGGCAUCGUUGCGUGUCGGUUAUUGUGACAAGUUGUUGCUUGUCCAUUUAAGUUGGCACCCUUGUUCUUCUCAUCAUCAUUCUCGUUUCCCCCAAACUCUUUAGGCGCCUCGAUUUGUGAUUCAGCUGACUCAGAAUCGAUGUGACCUUCCAGUCCCAGACACUCCACCCUGAGCCACCUUGGCACACAAUGCGUCACACGGACCACCCCUGGUCUUAGGCAGGUAGGAGAGAACCGAUCGACAUGAGGAGAUGCCAGUGAUAUGGCACCUCUAACCACCAUGCCCACUACCAAAGGGAAAUGGGCACCACACAUUACGCUGUAGUCAAAAUGCCAAUGGUUGAGCCACUGUGGGGACACCAUGAAUAUGUGGAAAUGAGAGUCCAUUGUGGGCAGGUGGACAAACACUGGAUGAAGGAUCUGAGAUCUGGGAGGAGGAGGAGGAGGAGGAGGGGCCUACUUGAUGAUUAAGACCCCGCCUCUGACUGAGCCAUAUUUGUUUCUGUGUCUUCACCGUCGUGACACUCGAUCCACGUUUUUAACAUUUUUCACAGUUCCUUGCACAGACUGGGCUGUCAUGAGGGUCUUUAAAAUUCAAAGCUGUACAAAGAAACAAAGCGGAAAACCAGAAAAGUCAAACACACGGUAAGUCGCAGAGAAAGAGGAUGAGCUUAGAAGGGACUAUUGUAGUCGGCAGGACUGGAGCUCACAGGAGAAAGAGGCCAACGUGAUCAUCAGAGGCGGGUUAGCACUUUAGAACAUUCGAGAUGAGAACAGGCCAAUCAGCCCAACAAAGCCCACCAGUCCUCUCUACUUAUUUCUUCCAUAAAAACAUCAAGUAGAAGCACUCUGGGAGUCUCUGGUAUUUCUUCCGCCAGCACCUCUGGGUGUGGCAGAAGUGCUGACAUCCAGGGCUCCACAAUCCCCUGGUGGUGGCUACGGGCCCCUAUAGGGUUGAGCUUCCAUGCUCAUUUCCCAUGGCCCCUAUAUAAACCAUGGCGGCUGCCCUCUCCUGGUCCUUAUAGGCAUCCCGGCUGGGCAUAGCCCCCAGCCACCUGCCACAGCUAACAAUUCUUUCUUCAGACCAAGCUUUUAUAGAACAUUAGAACAAUCUGGACGAGAACAGGCCAUUCAGCCCAACAAAGCUCGCCAGUGCUGUCCACUUAUUAACAUCAAGAAAACAUCAAGUCGAGUUUUGAAAGACCCUAACAUCUUACUGUCCACCACAAUACUUGGUCGCUUAUUAGUAGGAAACACAAAGACACAAAAAGACCAACUUCCAUGGCUGCUGUAAGGCUCAAAUGGAGUCACUCGGGACACACAGGGAACAAGGAUGGGCUUGGAAAGAUGGCCGGUGUGCCCAGGGGCUGCAGACUUAGAGGGCGUCACGGUCAGAAAUACCGAAGGGCGCGUGAAGAGUGAGGUGACACAACGUGGAAGAUUCAGCGUCCACACAUCAGCAUGGCGGAGACGGAAACUCAGAAUUCAGAGUUGUGUUUGUGUUGUGGUGAGGCUGGAGAUUCAGCCAUGAAGAUGUUGUGGGAAACACGUGGAGGGGGACAAAAGGGUCACCAGAAGAGUGGCAGGUCAGAGACUGAGGGGACAAACCGAGAGCAGGACAGAUGACGUUCUGUGUGCCCGUCUAUGGAAAAGUCAGAUAAAGGAGCACUGGAAUCAUUGGGAGUGGCGUCCUCGUGUGUGACACUCAUGUAUUUAGUGACUGGCAUUGUCGUGUGUGACACUCGUGUAUUUAGUGAUUGGUGUCCUUGUGUGUGACACUCGUGUAUUUAGUGACUGGUGUCGUCGUGUGUGACGCUCGUGUAUUUAGUGACUGGUGUCGUCAUGUGUGACGCUCGUGUAUUUAGUGACUGGUGUCCUCGUGUGUGACACUCGUGUAUUUAGUGACUGGUGUCCUCAUGUGUGACACUCGUGUAUUUAGUGCGUGACGUCCUCUGUUCUCCUAUCUUGCCCUGAGUGUUGGGUUCUGCACUGCGUCUCGUGUUUUGCCCCAUCUUUUAAUGCCCAACGCACCUCCAGCCGUCCUGAGUCGGGGUCUCUCUUUCUUUCUCUCUUUCUCUCUUUCUUUCUCUCUCUCUGAGUUG